AUGUGGUCGUGUCUCGGGAUUUGGUUCUGGGGCUGCGUUGUCUUCCUCGUGGUGCAGACCAUGUUUGCCGUGAUACUCGUUGAGCUAGUUCAUCCUGUCCUACUUUCGCAGGAGGGCAUCUCCCAUGAUUGCCCUGAAUGCUUAAGGCACUUCUCUUCGGUCUGGAAUGCGAACCUCUGGUUGUUCACGGCUGUUUUCUCCGACGGCUGGGUGCAUCAGGCCCCCAUCAUCAUCCAGGCAGCUCCAUGGACAAGUCAGAUCCUUGUUGGCUCCUUUAGCAUGAUGGGCUUUCUGGCGAUCAAGGUGGUAGCGGAGAUCGUUGCCGUCGUGCUUUCCAGGGGUGAUCACACGGCGAUUGAAAAGUGGGGAGUGCAAGAAGCCCCUGCUCCGGAGCCAGUUCAGACCAUGGAGCCUCGCAUUGGUACAGACCUCGACACAGACACAAAGCUCCUGCAAUUGCUCCUCGCCCGCUUCCAGCAGGACGACCUGGGGAGGGCGAGGCUGGAUGGGCUCGUAAAGGAGCUCCGCCAAGCUGGCGUGGGAGUGGCUCUGGGAGCUCAGCAUCCCGAGCACGUCGCUACCAAGGAUGCCCUUGAAACCACCAUAGGCAAAAGCGCAGAAGGUGAACGCGUGCAGGUGCUGUAA